CUUGGAAUUUUGAAAUCUGUAGGUAGUUUCUUUGCCCUGUUCGGUAUUGGUCGGUGGAUCGGUGGAUCGGUGGCUGCCCCCGUUAUCUAACGCCACCUUUUGCCUACUCGGUCUCAUUGAGGAAUAGGGAUAAACACAGCACGUGGCGGGAUAGCGUAAUACGGAUGUGUGGCCUGGAAUUACGUCACCAAAAGUAAGAUACACACGUUGGAAAGGAUUAUUGCAAUGCAAGCUGGUGGGGAUUUCACUCUCUUGGCUGAUGAGAAGUUUGAUUUUGACAUAUCGUUGUCUCCUUCAAGUUCCAAAGAGGGCAAUGGAGACUGUGACGACGAAGUAUUUAUUGGGCCUGUAAGGCACAAAGAGAAGUGUGUCAGUGCUUCUAUAAGUGAAGAAUCGGACAAAGGGAGUCCUUCUCUGUUAAAUGAAGAUGUUCCUUGGAGUCCUUUAAGUGGCGAUAAAUUUGUUGAGAUCUUCAAGGAAGCUCAUUUAGUGGCAUUGCAGCUGGAAUGUUUUGCAAAUGAUGACACAAAGGAAGACUUGUCAGCUCAGAAUGACACAAACCAAUUGGUUGAAAAGUUUGUUCAGGAGUCUAAAAACAAGUUAAAUAUUUUUGAAAACAUGGACAAUAGCAAAACUCCAAUUGCCCUUAAAAGAGAGACAUAUUGUGUGCAAGAUAGCCCAUUUAAUCAGCUUCCUCCUUCAGUUCAGCAAAGACUUGUUAUGUCUGGCACAGGCGGAGAAAAGAAAUCUGCUUUGAAUAGUGCAAACCAUACCAGCCCUGUGAAAAUGCCUAGACCAAUAAAGGGACUUUCUGUUUCACCACUAGUGCAGAAGAGUAAAGUUGUGCAAACCAAAAGUACUGCUCCAGUGGCAAACUCUAAGAAAACUAUAAGCUGCUUGCAGCCCAUCAAAGCAACGUCUUUGGCAACAAAAGCAAAUCGCCUUACUGUAGAAAAGUCAAAAUCUAUUAGGAAGAUCAGCCCGGUUAGAAAGAAACAUCUCAGUAGUGCUGGCUCCUCAGAAGAUAUUUAUUCUGACAAAUCCAGUGUUGCAUCAGAUAUCAGUGAUUCUUCAUUCAACAGCAGCAUUGCAGGACAAAACAAAAGGACACUUCCAGCUCCAGGCAAGAUUGGCCUGAAAAAAACACAGUUUAAAGCUCCAUCCAAUGGUGCAAUGCUUAGAAAAAAUACCUCCUCUUCAUCUUCCUCACUUUCCAGCAUGAAUGCCAGUUUAAAUUCAAGCAUGUCUACAUCUCCGCCUUCUAGAAAUGCCAAACUUAACAGUUCUCUGAAUGUCUCGGUAAAUGCUUCGAGGCUGAAACCUAAUCAGUCCAGGUUGUCAUUAGUUCAACCUUCUGGCGGGUCUGCCUCCACUGUCAAAACAAACGUUCCUGAGAUGUCGAAGAGCCGCCUUAAACCAAACAGCACACUAAAAUCAGUAACUGUUGAAAAUUGCAAUAAAUUAUCAUCUGUGUCUGUUGCUCUACCGAAGACACCAGCAGGCAAAAUGCAGAGGCAGACCUCUGCACCUAAUCUGAACAGAAUGCCUGUGUUAAAUAAACCAGAAAGUGCAAUUAAGGGCUCAUCCUGUUCCAAGCCACAAUCAAAAUUAAUGCCUACACCAACAAGCCGUCUCAAGCUGCCUCAGAGGGCUACAGGAGUAUCGCCUGAUCGGUCUGUGCUAAAGACAUUGCAGCCAACUCGCUUAAUGUCCUGUGGUGAUCUUGGAAGUGGUAUAGCUGAAAGCACUCCACUGAGAUCAACACAAGGCACUGCAACUAGCAAUUCCUCUGUUGCAAGAUCUGUUUCCGCUUCACCCAGUACAAAGCAAAUAUCUUCUUUGCCUACUCCACUGAGUCGGAGGACAUCUUCUGCUCUGAUGACACCAAGGACAAUCCCAAGAUCCAUUUCAUCUCAACGGACAGUGCAAGCUCUGCAGGCUUCAGCAAAGCCCAAUAAGAAACCUCUUGUGAAUGGGCAAAAAGAAGGCACAAAAACGGCUUCUAGUCCAGGCUCUCCCACUGAAGAUUUUGCUUCAGCAGAUGUGAUUCCUUGUUCUUUGAAGUUCUCUCCUGAAAGCAAAAAUAUGCCUGUAAAUGGAAAAGAAACUCCUAAAUCUUCAAACAAAGAGGUUUUACUGGUUGAUAUUGAAGAGCUAAACCAUGAAAGCGAUGCUAAACUGAGGAAACACUCGUCAGCUGGAAGUGAUAGUUAUCCUCUUAUUGACCUUUCAAACACGCCCGAAUGGAACAAAAUAAUCGUUCCAUUAAAACCAGCUAAUGUUGGUCAGCUGAUAGAUUUGAGUUCUCCUCUUAUCCAGCUGAGUCCUGGACUGAACAAAGAAAAUAUAGUAUUUGAUUCUCCACUCCUGAAGUUUUGAAACACCAGACUUUUUAAUAAAAAUACCAAAACUCUGCUACCUGUUUUAUUGCAAUAGCAUUAUAUAUGUGACAAACAUGGUGGAUGUGUAAAGCAUGGGACUUUUUUAUGCUGCAGCAAGAACCAGUAUUCCGGAAUACAUUUUGGAUGAGAAAAUGCACAGAAAGUACACGGCAUAAAGCCCCAGACUUACAAGUGUUGUAGGUUUAUAAUUUACAGAAAAAAUGGGAGAUGUAAAGAAGUGAGGUGCAUUGUGUACCCUGUGCGCACACACAAGUUGAGGCCAGCGCACACAACAAAUUGUGGUGUGUACAAAUAAUUGUGUGUGAAAAAACAAUUGUGUAUUAAUUCCAACCUGAGCACACCAUUUUUAAAAACUACGCACGAUAGUUUAAAAUGUGCGCACAAAAGGAACUUUUUGCACAUAUAGCCGAGAAGGAAUAAGAAGAGAAUAUUGGUGAGGUGUGCUGGAUAAGACCCUACUGACUUUUCAGUUAAUGUUUCUUAAAGACUCUGAAAAUAAUGGACCAAUUUUUUGAUGAGGGACAAAAAAAUGAAAUAUAUUGGAAAUGUAUUUUAAAAAGAAAUCUGCCUGAUCAAGGUUAUAAAUGUUAGUGAUUUGUUAAAUUUUGUGUAAAUAAAAUUAACGUAAUUCUUACAAA